AUGUCUGAGCGGCAGCCGUUUGAUAUGGCGCUCAGGAGUGAAGGAUUGAGCCUGUUCCGCCUGGAGGCUGCUACGAGAUUGCAGUUCAAUUGUCCACGAGUUCAAGAAGUUCUCUUGGAUGGCAUCGAUCUUGUGCGCAGCUCUGCCAGCGAUGUCUCUUUGGGACGUAUCUCGAGUGUAGCAGUGUCCUCCACAGCCACCCUACGCCUCCCGGACGCACGACAUUUCGACCUGGGCGUCGUCGCCGCCUGGGACCUUGGCCGCUGCCUGGCGUCCGCCACGGGACCAAGCGCUGGAAGUGCCGUGCCGCUGCGGGACGGGCGGAGGCAGAGCCAGCGGAGCGCGAGUGAAGCCCAAGCGAUGUGA